AUGGCCCCUAAUAUCGUUUCGCUCGGCGUCGGCCAUAUCGUCUUAUUGCUCCUCAGUAUUCAUGCUGACGCUCGACUGAACAGCCACAUCGGACUUGGUGCUACUCAUAUGUCCAAGGAGUCGGCCGCCGGGGCCGAGCUCUUUGCCAAUGAAGCUUUUCAGCUGACGGAGUCGAUUCUUGUAGAUCUUAUGGAUGACGAAUAUUUUGCGCAGUAUGCAUCGCUCUUCGCGUUUGGCAACUGUAGCACCAAUCACAAAAAGCUUUCUGAAAGCGCACAAGCCUGCAAGACAUACCCUGGCGACGCCUUAUGGCCAUCCGCGGACUUAUGGGAGGCUUUCGAUAGCUUUUUAGGAGGUGCAUUGUCUCUGAUCACCCCAAUAGGGUCGCCUUGCUACAGGGACUCGGUGUAUCACAACUAUGAUGCAUCGCUAUGUGCAUCAGUUACGGAAGGCUGGGUAGAGGAGAGCACUCAUUACAACGAUCCCGGGUCGGUGAUGUGGCCCAUAUAUGAGGGUAAAACCUGUCUGCCCGGAACUGACCCGACCUUACUGUCGAACUGUACACAAGGAGGCUACUCAUUGUACUCUGUCAAUAUCAGCAACGUUGCGCAGAUCCAAUUGUCGGUAAACUUUGCCCGCUCUCUAAAUCUACGUCUUGUGGUGAAAAACACUGGCCAUGAUUACAAUGGUCGAUCUACCGGGUAUGGCGCACUCAGCAUCUGGACACAUAAUCUCAAAGACAUACGCUUUAUUUCAAAGUAUCAUAGUCGAGGCUACACAGGACCUGCCUUUAAGCUUGGAGCUGGCGUUCAAGGCUUUGAGCUCUACGAAGCAGCGGAGACACAUGGCGUCACAACUCUUGCCGGUAUAUGCCCGUUGUUUGGUAUGGGGGCAGACCAAGUACUUGCUCUCGAAGUCGUCACUGCUGCUGGGACUUUUGUUACAGCUAGUCCUGACCUCAAUGCUGACCUCUACUGGGCACUCCUCGGCGGCGGAGGCGGUACCUUUGGCAUUGUCACCUCCGCAGUUCUCAAAGCACAUCCCCAGGUCGGCGUAACGAUAUCAACGUUCAGCUUUGCAACCUCAAAUAACGUUUCCGUAGAGACUUUCUGGAAGGGAGUUGCUGCUUAUUGGAACCAAAUCCCCAUUUACAACACAGCCAAAACGUAUUCUUACUUCUCGAUCAUCAACGCCUUGGGCAACUACAUUUUCACAAUGGCACCAUUCUUUGCGACUAAUCAGACUACAGAAGAGUACGAAAUACUCGUAGGCCCACUUUUCCAGUCUCUUUCAGACUUGGGGAUCCCACACGCUGCCGCAACAAAUCAUUUCGAUAGUUUCUACCCGGCGUACCAAGCUACAUUUGCCACGUAUGACCAAAACAUUGGCAGUUACGCAGGCCUCACGGCUAAUAGACUGCUCCCGGCUGAGAAUUGGGACAACGAAACCAUCCGAGAGAGCACACUGCGAGUUUUUAAGGAGACUGUGGAUCGUUCAACGAUUGUCUUGGGCUAUCACCAAGCACCUCUGAACCCAGUUGGCGUCAUCAACUCGGUCAAUCCCGCCUUUCGUACCGAAGCAGGGCAACUCAUCAUUGUGAAGGCUGUAGACCCGGAUGCCGAUUCGGAGGAGCUCAAGCUUGCUGGCGAGAAUCUGACAUACGCUAUCAUGGGUCCUUUAAGAGACGCCACUCCAGCUGGAGGGGCAUACAACAAUGAGGCCGAUGUGGGCGAACCAAAUUGGCAGGACGCAUUCUGGGGCGAAAACUACCCCCGCCUGAAAGAAAUUAAAAACAAAUGGGAUCCUACGGAUCUAUUCUAUGUGCAUCACGGUGUUGGGAGCGAGGAGUGGCACGUCAAAGAUGGGGGCUCGGGCGGAGUUCAGACGCAGAAUGAAAGCCCAUUCUACAAAUCAACCGCAAACAUGUGUUACAAAAUCAACGAGCACCAUUUGACCCACGAUGUUCGGCCGACGAUUGCCUACGCGGGACUUCAGACGAACCUUGAGCUGGUCAAUCCUUACUCUAUGCCGCAGCCGUGUUGUAAGCAGCAUAAUACGAUAGCCACCUGGUUUGUUUGCCCCGAUGGUCAUGGUUGUUGCUAUUUCACGUCGAGGACUGUGAAAUGUACUGCGGCUGGAACCUUUGAGCCAAAUUGCGGAAUAGUCACCUCAUAUCACACAUACGAAAAGAGAGUGCCGGUCGUCGAGGAUGAAGUUUGGGUUCCUCUUGUGUCUUUGGACCAGCAUAUCGGCUCAUCGACAAAUUGCCGCGAGACUUUUCUACCCCAUCAUCAAACUGUUUCGGAGAUGGAUGAAGAGAUUGAAGAACUGACCGAAUACCUUGAACAACUUGUGUCGGAAUUCUUUGAUACCAAGGCCGCUUACAGUCAUCUGAAAACAGGUUGGAGGUGCGAUGCCCACCAUGUCUGUGAACGCGUCCUAGAGGAUCACUGUCGCGAGUUUGCGAUCCGCGAAGAGCUGGAAGAACUCAAGGGUAGACUCGCAGAUAUGGAGAGCGAAAUCCUGGCUCUUGAAGUCAAGUUUGCUGUGCGGCGCCUCCGUUUCGAGGCAACCGCAUUCGGUUUUACAGGAACAUGCGACAUCAACAACUUUUCUCUGAAGUAG